AUGUCUUCAGACGAACAGAAGAACCCCGAGCAACAAAAGGCAAGUAAGGACGACGGGAGAGUGCGAGCAGGCGCUAAUGGCCUGGAACCAUUGUGGCCAACCUCCGUCAAGUACCUCAAAGAGAACGACUGGGAUGAGAUCUCGGGCAGUGAACGAGAAUGGUUCUGUGUAACAAGACUGCAAGGAGUGCAGGUCCGUUUCAUCCACCAUGAUGGGCACCCUUGCAAGGGACAGCGGGGGUUGUUUGCCAUCCGAGUAUGGGAGCCUUUUGAAGUCUUGGGAGAAUACUGUGGAGUGGUGAAGGUUCCGAAUGAUCAGGAAGCAAGACAGUGUGACAGUGACUAUGCUGUAGCAGUCUACAAAUCUGCAACAUGGACGCCAUUCAUUGAUGCUUCUCGAGCAGGAAAUGAAACCAGAUUCAUCAACGACUUCCGAGGAGUGGCAGGCAGCCCGAACUGCAAGUUUUCGCAGGUUCCUUCUCUUCAGUCUGUUUGUCACCUCCUUUAUGAACUUGCCGCCCUCCAGUCUCACGUGGGAGGGAGGCCUGCGAUCCUUGUGGUUAUCACAAGGCAAGUGAAAGAGGAGGAGGAGCUCCUGGUCGACUACGGCGACGUCUACUGGGCGGGGUCGACAUACCGCGAGUAG